AUGAAGUUCCACGUUACUCCUAAUUUGCUCGCUCUGAGCCUGUUGACGGCUUCCGGAAACGCCCUUCCCCAUGGCAAUGCCAAUGCUCUCGAGAAGCGCUUCGUGGACACCGCGAACAAGGCUGCCCCUUCGAUGAUGUCAAGGGAUACUCUUGUACGUCGUCAAAACUCCACCUCAAAUGCAUUCCAGGGGUUCCCCCGGGGUGUAGCCGCUCCCGACAGCAAUUCCAACAAUCUCCAGGACAUCACUCCCGAGGAAGGUCUCGCGGCGAACCGAAGAGCGCUCCAUGUCCGCUACCCCGAAGGUGCCGGUGCCGCCGGUGCCGACCCUGCUGCCAAACCCGCUGCCGCCGCCGCCGCCGACCCAGCUGCCGCCGAUCCGGCUGCCGCCGAUCCGGCUGCUGCUAAAGACACUGCCGCCGCCGCUCCUGCCGCUGCUGACCAAGCCGCCGCCGACCCUGCUGCGGCCGACCCUGCUGCCGCUGCCGCUGACACCGCUGCCGCCGCCAACACUGCCGCUGCCGCUGCUGCUGCUGAUCCCGCAGCCGCUGCCGCCGCCGAUCCCGCAGCAGCUGCCGCCGCCACGCCCGCGGCCGGUGCUGGUGCUGGUGCUGGGGCCGGCGCCGAUGCCGGAGCUGACAGCGGCAGCGGUGGUGGUCUCCUGAGCGGCUUGCUCGGCAAACUCACUGGCGGUGGCGGUGGCGAUGAUGCCGCUGCCGGCGCCGGAGGGGGUGCUGCCGCCGCCGGCGGCGACGCUGGGGCCGGUGGUGGUGGCGGCGGUGCCCUUGGUGACCUGCUCGGUAAGGUCACUGGCGGUGGCGGUGGCGAUGAUGCUGCUGCUGCCGGUGGUGCUGCUGCCGGUGGUGCUGCUGCCGAUGGUGCUGCUGCCGAUGGUGCUGCCGCCGGCGGUACGGCUGCUGAUGCCGCUGCAGGAAAGGCUGCCGACGACGGUGGCAGCGGUGGCCUUCUCGGUGGCCUCCUUGGAGGAGGUGGUGGUGGCGGUCUUCUGUCAGGCCUCGGCCUGAAGGAACGCUCUGCCGAGCCGCAGAAUGGUGGACUUCUCGGCAAUGUCGGCGACCUUGUGGGAGAUGUCACUGGCGAUGUUGGGCUGAAGGAACGUUCUCCCCAGCCCCAGAGUGGUGGACUCCUUGGCGGCGUCGGCGACCUUGUCGGUGAUGUGACGGGCGACGUCGGGCUGAAGGAGCGUGCUCCUCAACCUCAGAGUGGUGGACUUCUUGGCGGCGUCGGCGACCUUGUCGGUGAUGUUACGGGUGACGUUGGACUGAAGAAGCGCUCUCCUCAGCCCCAAAAUGGCGGACUCCUCGGCGGCGUUGGUGACCUCGUGGGAGACGUAACGGGUGACGUCGGCCUGAAGCAGCGUUCUCCUCAGCCCCAGGACGAUGGAAACGGCGGACUUCUCGGCGGCGUCGGCAACCUUGUGGGAGGCUUGACGGGUGGAGGUGGAAGCGGUGGUGGUGACGGAGGUCUCCUGGGAGGCCUCGGACUGAAGGAGCGCUCCCCUCACAGCGCCAACGCCAACGCAAACCUGAACUCAAGAGCGCUCCUGAACACGACCGAAAACAGCUUUGGCAGGAGGGCUAGUUCCAACUCGACUGCGAGCGCCAUCACCAACACCAACAAGGUGCGGAACCCGGGCCCGAACUCAAUGUGCGGCCGUUCUUUGAAGCUUUUCGAGCGCGACCCUAGCAGAGAUCACAUUGCUGCUGCCGCCAUCAACUGCGCUCGUGCAGUGCCGGCUUCUUCCUCGGAGAGCAUCGUGGACGUCUUGAAGAGGGAUGUCAUGAUCAUGAACAAGCGGGAGGCGAAGCCUCCUACGGGUGAAGCUGCAUCUGCCGAGGGUUCUGUCUAG